AUGGAUAGGUAUGAGAAAGUGCAGAAGCCAAGAAUUGAUAAUCCUAUAAAGGAGAAUGAGAUAAAAAUAACAACACAAGGAAGAUUGAGAAACUACAUUACUUAUGCUACUAAUCUUCUUCUUCAGGAGAAAGGAUUUAAAGAAAUUGCUCUCAAGUCUAUGGGCAGAGCCAUUAGCAAAACAGUAAUGAUAGCCGAACUAAUUAAGAGAAAGAUCGCUGGCCUUCAUCAGAUCACAUCUAUUGGUUCAACUGAUAUCACUGAUACGUGGGAACCUUUAGAAGAAGGACUUCUUCCGCUCGAGACUACUCGGCAUGUGUCAGUCAUAAUAAUUAUCCUUUCAAAGGAGGAGUUAGAUACCUCAUCAGGCGGGUACCAGUCACCUAUUCCAGCAGAUCAAGUUAGACCACUGACCGAAUAUGAUUAUGGAGGAGGGCAUUUUAAUAACGGUGGAGAGGGCGGAUGGAAAGGUGGACGUGGAUAUAAUGGUAGAGGCCGAACUGGAGGAAGAGGUCAUGGUUAUCGUGGACGUGUUAACAACUAUGGUGGAGUAGCUGGUUCAAUGCCCACUCAAGGCAAGGGAUUUCUUGCAGGUCGAGGCCAAGGACAACGACAAGUACAGGGACGGGGUAGAGAUCGUGCUCAAGGUAUUAAAUCAAAUGGUACUGUCCGGGCAUCAGUUGCUUAUGUCUGA